CAUUGCUACUUUUUCAUUUUAAUAUGUCUACAUCUAAAGAUAAUUCACAUAAACUUCCUUCCAACUUGAAUCUACACGCAUAUUCUUUUUUUGAUCAGCACACAUUAGAAAAUUGGACUUUAGAAAACUACUAUCACUUCUACAAACGAAAGAUAAGCCCCAGCAGAAACUACAACACAAUUCUAAGAUAUUACUCUCAGGACAUAGAAAUUAUCAGGACAAAUAAGAACGUAGAUGAAGGUGUCAGAAGAGCAACAACUGCACUUAAGAACUCAGUUAAUGAGUUCAAAAAAGGCAAAAGCAAAGCUCAAACAGUCAACAACAACGUCGAUACUAACUAUGGCAUUGUGGUUGGUGUGAUGAAUGAUCCUCUGAGCUCUGGAGACAGCAAGCUACCUGAUGUGCGACAGACGAACCAUUUAGAAGAGACAGUUCAAUGGCAAAUCGAAGAUGAGGAGGACAUCUGGGACGCUUGGCGUCAGUUUCUUCAGACAUGUAAUUGUUAUGGCUUUUGCCUUGAGAAGUAUCACAUCAUCGAGUGUGGAUAUUCUAUCAAGUGCAGCCCUUCUUGGUCAGAUCAACUACUUGACCAUCUCGGUGUCGACGAUCACUCCGUCGAAAGCGCUUUCAAGAGAUGUAGCAAGUAUGCAAUAGCAGCUCUACUUAUCACAAAGGACAUAAUAAUGACCAACUACCAAGAGAAAAGGAAGGCGUUGAUGAACCUUCAGAAAAAUGAAGAUGAGGAUAGAGAAGCCGCUUCGUUUGUAGAGGAAUUUCUUUUACUUAUUGUCAACCUUUGCAGGCAUGAGGAUAUUCACAAGCCUCUUUCUCAGAGUGAGCCCUCAUUCAACUUUAGAAUGGUCUGGCCUCUUAUGUCCCUUGCCUGUGAGGCUUCCUCUAGCUGUCUAACUUUUUUGCCUGGGGAAUACAUCUUGAAGGCAUCGAAGCAAGAUUAUAAGGCAGAUGCCUGUAUUGUAGAUGCAGAGCAAAAUGAGCUCUGUAUUUUGGAGACUUCUGAUCCCUUAAAGCUCGAUGACAAAUGCGAAUACGGGUACGAUUAUGUUAAGGGUGCCUUUGGGUCAUUGACAUUGUUCAAUGACCUUUUCAAGAAGUACUAUAUGGCAUCGAAAGACACUGCUCAGAGACUAAACGUCAUACGAGGUUUUGCAUCUGUGGUCUUUGGAGCUUUGUUCUCAGAAGCUGUACGCUCUCAAGAAGGUAUAUAAGGCCGAAAUCCUGACCACCACCAGCACACCACCAGCAAGAUUCUUGCCUUGGGCAACUUCGCUUGGUGCUUGAGGGUAAGUUGAAGAAGCGGUAAUUCUAUUAUAAUCAACUAACGCUUCAGCUGCAUGUAGAGGAGCCUGGAGCGCUCUGCUGAAAUAGUGAGGAGCAUGAAAGAGGAGCAUGAUCACAAUCAAUUAAAGAAGAUGAUGGGUCAAGAUGUUGAUAGCAAUCUCGCUCUGAUGGUGGAUAUAGAUAUCCAAAAGCCUUUAAAAGGCGCUGGAUAUGGUAUCUUGCUCCCAGACGAAAAGGACGAAGAUAAAACUAGUGUACAAUAUGUUUCGUAAUAAAUUAUAAUGUUGACUAUGCAUAAAUGAAA